AUGAAAUACUAUACUAUGUUUUUUCUGCGAAGGCGAACAUUGAUAUUGAAAGCAGUGUUAGUACUGACGGCAUUAUGGUUUAUGAUAGCUUUAUUAACAACCAAUGGUGGAACGAGGAACGCUAUAGUCGCACCACCCAUUGAAUACGAAGAUGCCGAAGCAAAACCACUGAAAAUGGCAAAGCCAACAUCUGGAAAGAAGAAAAGUGAAUCAUAUGGAAACAACCUAUCUGAUGCGCAGUCGCGGGUCGAUUGGAUUGGUCGGAUCGCAGGAGUACCCGAAGGCCUAGGUGUAAUCGCCGCUCCGGGUUCGAACGACGCACCCGGAGAGCUUGGUAAACCGGUUGUCUUACCGAAGAAUAUAAGUGAAGAAGCUAAACUAGCUGUAUCCGAGGGAUGGAAGAAAAACGCCUUUAAUCAAUAUGUCAGUGAUCUUAUUUCAAUACGGAGAAAGCUGCCUGAUCCGAGGGAUGAGUGGUGUAAAAAACCUGGCCGUUAUUUAGAAGAUCUUCCACAAACUUCUGUUGUUAUAUGUUUCCAUAAUGAAGCAUGGUCAGUUUUACUUCGAACAGUUCACUCGGUGAUAGAUAGAUCACCUCCUCAUUUGAUAAAGGAGAUAAUUCUCGUUGAUGAUUUCUCGGAUAUGCCACAUUUAAUGCAACAGUUGGACGACUACAUGUCUUCAAUUCCCAAAGUUAGAAUAGUUCGAGCAACACGUCGAGAAGGUCUCAUAAGGGCUAGGCUUCUAGGAGCUCGAUACGUAACAGCACCUGUCCUAACUUACCUGGACAGUCACUGCGAGUGUACAGAAGGGUGGUUGGAACCCCUCUUAGAUAGAAUUGCAAGAAACAAAUCUACAGUAGUAUGCCCCGUCAUCGACGUUAUAGACGACAAUACUUUAGAAUAUCAUUACAGGGACUCGUCUUCGGUCAAUGUUGGUGGUUUCGACUGGAAUCUCCAGUUCAAUUGGCAUCCAGUACCAGCAAGAGAAAGAGCGAGGCACAAACAUACAGCAGAGCCUGUGUGGUCUCCGACUAUGGCCGGUGGUCUUUUUGCUAUAGACAAAGAAUUUUUCGAAAGACUGGGAACUUACGACAGCGGCUUUGACAUAUGGGGCGGAGAGAACUUGGAACUAUCGUUUAAGACGUGGAUGUGUGGCGGAACGUUGGAAAUUGUCCCCUGUUCUCAUGUCGGUCAUAUAUUUAGAAAACGUUCACCGUACAAAUGGCGAACUGGGGUGAAUGUGUUGAAGAAAAACUCAGUCCGUUUGGCAGAGGUAUGGUUAGAUGACUAUGCUAAGUACUAUUACCAAAGAGUAGGUAAUGAUAAGGGAGAUUAUGGUGAUAUUACUAGCAGAAAACAGCUGAGAGAAAACCUUGGUUGCAAAUCUUUUGAAUGGUAUUUAAAGAAUAUAUACCCUGAGUUAUUCAUACCUGGGGAGUCCGUCGCACAUGGCGAGAUCAGAAAUGUCGCCUUCCAAAAGACUUGUUUGGACUCUCCCACUCGCAAGUCCGACCAUCAUAAGCCCGUCGGACUGUACCCGUGUCACCGGCAGGGAGGAAAUCAGAUCGCGAAUCCUUCUUCGGAAAUGUGCAUCGACUCGAGUGCAGCUCCUGAGGACAUGAGGAAACCUGUCAACGUUUGGCCUUGUCAUGGGGAAUACGGCAAUCAGUAUUGGAUGUAUUCAAAGAAUGGAGAAAUACGUCGUGAUGAGACGUGCCUUGAUUACUCGGGUCACGAUGUUGUCUUGUAUCCUUGUCACGGCGCAAAGGGCAACCAGCUGUGGCUCUACGAUCAUAAUACGAAGUUAAUAAAGCAUGGUUCAAGUGAAAAGUGCAUGGCGAUAUCACGGAACAAGGACAAGAUUGUAAUGGAGUCGUGCAACGAGGAAGAACCGCGACAAAUGUGGAACAUGGAGAACUUCAAAAUUGACCGACUAAGUCCUGAUUUACUUUCCGAGUAG